AUGUCCGAGCCCGCUCCGCCGCCCGGCAUGGCCCGCCCGCCGCUGCCCGCCGCUGCCGCCUUGCUGGCCGCAGCUCUGCUGCACUGCGCCCCCGCCGCGCCCGCCCGCCGCCACAAACCGGACGUGUCUCGAAAGCAUCACACCUGGAAGGAGCAGGCUCCGUGGCUGGCUGUGGGCACGGGUGUGCCUGCCAAGGGCUUCCCUGCGGCUGCCUGGAACCCCCCUCGCUGCGGCGUGCCCGACCUGCCCCUGCUGCCCGACGGCCAGAGCGGCCGCAACCGCCAGAAGCGCUUCGUCCUCUCCGGGGGACGCUGGGACAAGACCAAUCUUACCUACAAAAUUAUCAGGUUCCCAUGGCAACUUGUAAAAGCUAAAGUGAGAAGGACCAUUGAGGAAGCUUUGAAAGUCUGGAGUGAUGUGACCCCACUGACCUUCACCGAGGUGCAGGAGGGACGGGCUGACAUCGUCAUCGAUUUCACAAGGUACUGGCACGGAGACAACCUGCCUUUCGAUGGGCCCGGAGGGAUCCUGGCACACGCGUUCUUCCCCAAGACACACCGGGAAGGAGAUGUUCACUUUGACUAUGACGAGACCUGGACGAUUGGGAACAACCUGGGCACUGACCUCCUGCAAGUGGCUGCUCAUGAGUUUGGCCAUGUCCUGGGCCUGCAGCACACGGCUGUCUCCAAGUCCCUGAUGUCUCCUUUCUACAUCUUCCGCUACCCCCUCAGCCUGAGUGAGGAUGACAAGCAAGGUAUCCAGUACCUGUAUGGGAAACCCUCACCGGACCCUGACCCAACCCCAACUCAGCCAGCAGAGCUGCCCCAGCCAGACCUCGAAACAAAUGAGAUCACCAACGUGGAGGCUGUGCAGCCCGACGCCUGCCGCGCAGCUUUCGAUGCUGCAGCCACCAUCCGAGGGGAGCUGUUCUUCUUCAGGUCCCGCUACGUGUGGCGGCUCCGGGCUGGAAAGCUGCAGGAUGGCUACCCAGCUCUGGCCUCUCGCCACUGGCAGGGCAUCCCCAGCUCUGUCGAUGCCACCUUUGAGGACCCUCUGGGCAACAUCUGGUUCUUCCAAGAUUCUCAAUACUGGAUUUAUGAUGGUGAGAGACGGGUAUCUGGUCCCACCCCAGUCGUGGAGCUGGGCCUCCCUGCAUCCCCUGUGCAGGCAGCUCUGGUGUGGGGGGCUGAGAAGAACAAGAUCUACAUCUUCAGUGGAGGCAACUACUGGCGCUUCAACCCCCACAGGCGCCAGGUGGACAACAUCUACCCCCGGGCUAUGGCCGACUGGCGCGGCGUCCCGCCGGAGAUCGACGCUGCUUUUCAGGAUGAGCUCGGUUUUGCCUAUUUCCUGAGAGGCCGAGAUUAUUGGAAGUUUGAUCCAGUCCAGGUGAAAGUGCUGGAGGGCUACCCACGCCAGAUCAGCCAGGACUUCUUCAGCUGUACACCCUCCUCCAACUCCUUCAGAUGAGGGGGAUGCCUGUGUCCUCCACGCUCCCCUAUCAUCUCCCUUUACCUCCACACAGAGGGUUCUCUCUGCCAUUCCUGGCUUCCUUCCAGGCUCAGCAUCUGACACAACAGGUGUCUGUCACAAGUGACGAAGUUUGCUCCUCUCCAGUUCCAGCAGCCCCAGCUUCAGUUGCCAUCAAUGUAAAAGCAGCUGCCACGUUCUUUUACAGGCAAGGGCGGCCACUCUCUUCUAGCGAUAGCAUCCCCAAAGCCAUCAGGCCAGCCUGGAACGGGGUCGUGCUCUCAUAAUUAAUCUGAACCCCAUCCCGUAGACGUGAUCCAACGGCAUUUCCUAUGUUUACACAACUCACUACGGCAGCCCUUUGCUGCUGCAGACACUGCCCAAGGAGGAAUGAUCCCCCAGCCCGGGGCUUUGAAGGACACCAGAGGAGAAGGACUGCGACGUGCGGCUGCUGUUAGCUGCUCGGGGCAGCCGUGCUGACUGCCAGGGCCCUGCCGCAGCCCUAUCCCGGCUUCAUGUUGUAUCCCUAGUACACGUUAGCAUUUUGUACCGAUCUGUAUACAGACAAGGGGUCCCCUCCAUCCAUCCAUCCAUCCGUCCCUCCCUGGUGCUGGGUGCCAGUGCUGGACACUGCCCCGCGCUCAUCCCGCCGAGGUUCCCAUCCCGGGACGCUCAGCUGCACUGAUCGCUCUCGUACCGCCGUUCCCAGCCCGGGCUGGCACCGCUCCCGCCCGGCCUCACGCCUCCCCCCCGGGCUGCGAGCAGCCUCU